AUGGCCACCGCUGCCUACCAUCCCCCCUACGAUCCCCUCAGUACUAACGCUCCCUAUGCUCCAAAGCCCAGUCUCCCCAAUGACAAUCCUGCCCCAAAGUUCCCCCACACUCGCGCCCAGCUCGCUGCUCUCGCCCGCCAGUUCAAGCCCCUCGAUCCCUACGACGACGACGACAACGACAGAGUGCCCCCUCGUCUCCUCAACCAGGUCAUCUCUCUCCUCAUCGACGAGCGCGAGGACGACCUCAAGUCUCUCCUCAAGGCCGCCUUUGGUGUCGACGACCACAGUGUAGAGCAUUGUGUCUUGGAUCUCAUGCACAAGCACAGGGACGAUGUAGCUGGUGUUCCCUUUCUCUUUCUCACCCCUACUCGUCGUCCCAUCUCCCGCCCUUCCUCUCGCGCAUCCACCACCUCCAACAGGCUUCGCCCAGAAACUCCCAUCUCCGCUCCAACUUCACCUCUUAUUAAUAUAUUCCGCCGCCCUCCAAACUCGCCCCUUGCUCCCAUGUCCUCCAAGUCUGACUACUCUCCUUCAUCUUCUCCCGUUCUCACCUAUGCCCAGGCACCACCUACCCAGUUCACCGCGUCCCUCCCGGCAUCACCAAUCUCUUCCCCCCGUCUUCUCAAUGCCAAGGCAAACGAAUUCAGGCCCAUUCCUCGUCCUCUCUCAGCAGCAGCUUCCCACUCUUCAGCAGCAUCCCUCUUGCGUGCAGAUACCCCUUCUCCUGAUUUGUGGGCCCACAAUUCACCCAGGGCAACUUCAAAUCUAGCCAUCGCUGCCCCUCUCAUCGCAGACCAGUCUCACUCUUUCACUCCUUCCUCUUCUCUCCGCUCCUCCCACCGUCCAAAGGACGACGAUGAAGAGGACGAUCCCUUUGAUCCCUUUUCUACAAACCCCAUCCCAACCUUUCACUCCAUCACCAUAUCAGAUUUCGACACCUUUGACUCAAACUCGUGGCAAAACUCUGCCGAUCUGUCCUAUCCGAGCGUAUUUUACCCGCAAGAGUAUGUCCCGGAGCCAGAGUCCGAAGAGGCCUCUGCCGCCCUCACCGAUGGCAUGACGCCCUUUGACGUCCUCAGCUCCGUCUUUGGAUCGACGCUUGCGCCGUCAGAGCUCGAAGACGCUCUCGCUGCCAACGGAUUCGACUUUGACCGCGCGAUGGCGUGGCUUGUCGACCGUGCGCUCCCGGCUGCGCCUGCCCCGCAGGCACGUAUGCAGCGCAUGGGCGCGGGUGUUACGCUUGUCUCGAGGGAUGCUGCUACUGCCUCUGCGCGCGGGCGUGGGGGUGCUGCUCCGUUUAAUCAAGCUGCGAGGCCUGCGCCGCGCUAUGUCAAUGGACGCCCUGUCCCUGGAGGUAACAGGGUCUGCAGGUACUUUGUCGGCGGCGAAUGUCUGCGCGCGGACUGUCGUUUCAGUCAUGACUUGGAACGCGCGUUGUGUAGGUUUUGGCUCCGCGGAACGUGUGCUAAACAGGAGAGCUGCGAGUUUUUGCAUCAUUUGCCGAAAGAUGUCGAUAUAGCCAGUUUGAAUGCUGUGCUCAGCAAGGCGAAUGUCCCUCCGGGUACAGGGCCCUUUGCCGCGCAAUAUCAGCAGCAGCAGCAGCCGGCUGGUCCGCCUGUGGAUGAGUUCCCUGUGCUUGGGUAUGAUGCGAAUGGUGCGGGGCGAGGGGGGGCGCCUGGACGCAAGUUUGUGCCGUAUAAUGCGGAUCCGAGUCGUACGCGGUUCGCAGCUGCCGUCAAGAAACCGGCUCAGCAAGCUAUAGGAGGACAGGAAGAGACGAAUGGGAAUGGAAAUGGAAAUGGAAUUAAUGCGAGUAUCAAUAGUCAUCAUCAUCUAUCCGCAGCCGCGCGGCGGGAGGCGAUGGGCACAGCAGCUGAUAAUUUACACCAUCAGAGCGCGAUCGUCGCGCCGCGCGCGUCGCCGCGGCUCAAACUCCAUCCACCCUUCUUGCUCCCGACACUACCAACCGGGGACGCAGUCAACACGAUGUACAUGGCCUACCGACAACGCGCGUUACAGCUGGGCGCCGCGCGCAACGCGUGUCUGUCGAGAGCGGCUGAUGCGUGGCGGAGGGGAGACGGUGCGGCGGCGAAGCGGUUUAGUAGGGAGGGGCAUGAGAUGAAUGGGAAGAUGGCGGUGGAGAUGAGGGAGGCGGUGGAUGGGCUUGUGAGGGAGCGCGCGAGGGUCGCGGAGAGGGCGGUGAGGAGCAGGGAUGCGGCGUGGUCGGAUGAUCCGGGGGAUAGGGGCGCCAGGGGGAAGGCGUGUGGUGGGGGGUUGGGGGUUGUGUUGGGGGUUGCGAGUGCGGCGGCGUUGGUGGGUGUUGGUGCGGGAGCGGGGGAGAGUGCGGAGGAGAGGACGGAGGCGAUGUUGGAUCUUCAUGGGCUCCAUGCGAAUGAGGCCACAGAGGUGUUGGAAAAGUUUUUGCUUGCUCUUGAGAGUGAACAUUUCUACGGUCUAGCAUACGCAAUAGUAGGCGAAGAAAAACACACAGGCACACAGGACAUCGCGCGGGGAGCAUCGCGCGCGCGGCUCGCGACGGGUGUCAGGGAGUGGUUGCAUCGGUGGGGGUAUCCGUGGAGUGAGAGGGAUGGGAUUAUAUGUGUGGAUCCGUUGACGCAUUUGUCUGAGUGA